UAUUGUGCUUACUGACUUGUUAAGUAGUAGUGAAUCUUGAAUCUUGUAUCUUAUGCAGCGGUAUGAAGCUAAUUUAGAGGUAUUAUUUGUUGUAUUGCUAACAUGAAUAUGUCAUAACAGUUCAAUCCAAUUAUAUAAAUCGUAAAGAAUGAAAUGUAACUAGCUGGGAGUCGUUUAGAGCAGAUCUACAUCUAUCAGCUGGCUCUCUUCGCCUCGUCUCCGCUAGGGUCGCUCGGCCUCCUUUUGUGUGAGGUCGGUGGGAAAGUGCGUGGAUCGUGGAUCGUGGAUCGUGGAUGAAGGCAAGCUGGGCUAGCCGAGGUGAUGUUGUAGCUGUAAAGCAGAUAUUUGAUCUUUAAAGUUGGGAUAUUUUGUUGCUCCUGCUGAUCUACCUUGCUAACGUCGAUGUUAGCAACAAGCCUGUUAGUGUAAAUGCGUUUCACUAGAAUGGACCUGUUGAACUCUCAGUUCCUGGACAAGAUGAACAACAACAUCGGGAGAAUUUACUAUGAAGAUGAGUCCAGGACACCCUCCCUUCCCACUGCUAUGUCCAACAUAACUGGGCCUCCUCCACACUGCCCAAGCAAACGGAAGUAUGGGGAAGAACAAAUGGAUGAAAGAAUCAACUGCGAUGAAGACCCCAUGACCAAAAUGAGCAGAUUGUUCACCUCUCAGUUGGCCCGCCCUUCUGCUGGAGACAACCGCAACGAGCACUGGAGCCUCAGUCACACUCCUGUGGAGCACAUCACUUCCUCUUCCAAUGGCCUCCAUGAGAACCACCUGUAUGCUUCUGUUUCUGGCUACGCUGUUGACCGGCCUCUGGCUCUGACCAAAAGCAGCCAUGACAUUGGAGCAGAAGGCAGAGAGAGGUCCGUCGUGAGCGGGGCCGUAGAACGGCAGCAGAAUCGUCCGUCUGUCAUUACCUGUGCUCCUGCAAGCAACCGAAAUUGUAACCUAUCGCACUGCCACAUGAAUGGCUGCACACCCAGCCCUGCUACUGAUCAAAGGAAGUCCAACGCCAACACUGUAAGAGAUCCUGUGAUUGAGGAGCACUUCCGUCGCAGCCUGGGAAAAAACUACAAAGAGGCAGAGCCUGAGUCCAACUCUGUGUCCAUCACAGGUUCAGUGGAUGACCACUUCGCCAAGGCACUCGGAGAUGCCUGGCUCCAGCUCAAGUCCAAGGAAGGGGGCCGUCAAACCCCAGAGGAAGACCAAUGAAGCACGGGGGGGGGGGGGGGGGGCAUUCUAAAAACUUCCCUAGGGUUUGCAUGCGAGAGUGACAAUUGUUUGCUGUCAACUCUUGCCAAGCAUCAACUUCCCAUAGCCAUGAACAAUAGAAGACAUAUGGUGCUCACCGUGGCUGCUCUCUUUUUGACCUCCAGGUCGGUCUUUAAAUUGUACACACAGCAUAUCUCAUUUGGAGGUAGAACAAAAAAAGUGUGUCAUUUGGAUGACAAUGUUACUUCUGGAAACUGUACAAUCAUAGAUUUGAUUUUCUAUUAGUAAUGAAAUACACAGAGUAGUCGGUUGUUGGAUUAAUGUUUUGUUUUACCUGCCUUGAUAGCCAAAGAAAUUCUCUCUUUCCACUUAAAAGCCAUAGAUCAGAUCUUUAUUAUUCCCAUGAUAAACCACACUUCCUUUUACUUUAAGAGGACAGCUGGGUCUGACACAGGACUUCCACCAGAUCCGUGUCUGGUCCGUCUCCGAUCCGUCUCCGUGCUCUCUCGUCCAUCAACACCGACCGGUUGCGUUUUUGAAACGCAGCACAGAUCAGGACCGCCGGACAGCUGGAGUCAUGUGGCCGAGGUUUUCACCGCAGUAAUUACUGAAUCAAUGAUUCUCCUCCUCCUCUCCUCAUACAUGUUGUUUUUAUGGUCCUCGGAAAACCUCUGACCUGUUGACUCCAGAACUGGCUCCGCUCUAAAUCACAUUUUGUUGUCAUAGUUAAGUUAAAACGAUCUGGUGUUUUAUUCUGAAAAUUAACCAGAUGUUUUCAUUUUGUUUUGGUGCCUGACUUCCUGUCCCGCUCCAUCUGCUCUGUGCUGAAUUGAUGCGUCGUGCUCUGGCAUCCGGCAAAAAUAGUAGUCUUGCGUAUCUGCUCCGUUGCGUUCCGACCUGCCGGAUCAGAGACGCAGCCGGAACGCAACGGAGCGGAUCCAAUAGAAGUUAAAACAUUGACUAGAAUAGAAACCUAUCAGAUCUGGUGCCCCGACGGGUCUGAGACGGACCGGAGACGGAUCUGGUCGGAUUUGGCCUUGAUUCUCACUCUUUUGUUUUCUGACCCUUUAGGGUAGCAGGUUACCUGUCUCAGUUGGAACAAAUGUGUACAACAAGUGUCUUUAGUUUUCCCCCCUGCGUUGUAAAGACGCUAGACUAACCUGGCUUCUUUAUAAACCUGAACUGGACUUGUCCUCUGUUAACUGAAAACUCUGUGUCCUGACUAUAUGCUCACUGAGGCUGAUUUCUUAGUACACUAAUAUCAAUUAUAGUAGAUUUGUCUAACUAGACGGCAUGUUUCAAAUAGCUGGGUUCUAUUACAAACCUUAUUCUAUACUAUAUAUGUACUCAGAAUUUAUUUUUUAUCUGUUACAUUUUAGAAAUACUCACUGCUGGUACAGUCGUACUCAAUAUAUUUUUUGUAUCCUGUUUUCAAUACCAUAUGUAGGUGUGUAUUUUAGCAUCUCUACAACUCACAGCCUCUGGCAAGGUUGUGUGAAUGCAGUUUAAAUGACUAUCGCUUUGUUACUCGGUGGAGCUGGAUGCUACGGCUUUAAACACGACUGAAGAGAGCUGAAUCCGACCUUCUGGAGCACAGUCUAUUAGCAGCAGCUUUAUUUAUUCUGAAACAGGUUAGCAGUUUGUUGCCUUUUGGCAGAUCGUGGAAACAUUUUUUUUAAAGAUUCUUCCAAGGAUGAUGUCAUCUCUGUACUAAUAAAGCCGGUGGUUUUUCCCAUAAAUUAAGAUUUGAUGCACAUGCAAUAUUAUUAAUCCACAUUCCACCAUGACCGACUGACACGUAUCGGCCACUCCAGUUGUAUUUGGUGAAUGCAACUGAUUUUUUUUUUUAAUUUAGGCGGUCCCUCGGUGUGACCUGCCAGAAUCUCUGAUAUAGAGAAAAUGUGUUAGUGAGUCACAAAGUAUUCUGUAUAGUACAGUUUUUGUUUAAAUUGAUCUCACCCUUCUUAAAAUCUCUACUGACUGUAGUAGUAGUUAACAUUUUGUUAACACUGAUUAAGAAUGGUAACGGUAUGUGAAAGCAUAUACAUUUUUAUUAAUAUUCUGCAUUUCUUAAGUUGUUAAAUACACUAUCCUGUCUUUAUAUUUUAUUUUACUUCUAAGACUAUCAUUGCGCCGCGCGGAAUGAUCAUAGAUAUUUUGUUUCUAUACAGAGAAGUGUAUCCAUAUGUAACAUGGGUGUUCAUUAUCUUACAACGGUUGAUUAUCUUCCCUAUUUUUCAGCUGAUUAUAACGUGCAGGAACACAACAGUCUUUUGAUCAAAGACUCUCUUGGUGCAGUGAAAGGAAGACGUUUGUGUUAACACUUUAAAGAGUUCGUUUAACUUUCUGUUUGUAUCAUAGUUGAAUUUAGGGUUUGUGGUGAAGUCUGCUUGUUUGACACAAGUAGAUCUCUCAGUCAUAUUGUUUGGGGUAUUAGUCUGUUAUUUAAUUUUGAUAUUUCGACUACCUGUAUCUCAAAGACUGUUUAUGGAAAGGUCAUCCAAGUGUUCAUUCAAAUAGAAAUAAAACAACCAUGUUCACUUUUGUCUAUUUCUCUGGAAGAAAAUGCCACUGUUUUAUACUGAAAUUCUUCUAAAUAAACUUACAGACGUGCACAUUUGCA